AGAGAUACCGGUUCUUCUGCUAGGUGCUAUAGCUGCAGCUAUCAAUGGAGUUAUAUUUCCGGCUUUCGCUUUAAUGCUUUCUGGAAUAAUUAAGACGUUCUUUGAACCUCCAAGUGAGCUUAAGAAGGAUUCAAGGUUUUGGGCAUUGAUGUGUAUUGUCCUAGGUGUUGCAUCACUGAUAACAUCACCAGCAAGAACAUAUUUCUUUGCUGUGGCAGGAUGCAAGUUGAUAAAUCGUAUACGGUCCAUGUGUUUUGAAAAGAUUGUUCAUUUGGAUAUUGAUUGGUUUGAUGAGCCUGAGCACUCCAGUGGGGCGAUUGGGGCUAGGCUCUCUGCAGAUGCAGCAACAGUUCGCAGUCUUGUUGGAGACGCACUAGGAUUGAUGGUUCAGAACAUAGCUACCCUUAUUGCUGGUCUGGGUAUCGCUUUUGAAGCAAACUGGAAGUUGGCUUUCAUAAUCCUUGUUUUCAUACCUUUAGUAGGAGUAAAUGGAUGGGUUCAGAUGAAAUUCAUGAAAGGAUUUAGUGCAGAUGCAAAGAUGAAGUACGAGGAAGCAAGUCAAGUUGCUAAUGAUGCUGUUGGGAGUAUAAGGACUGUUGCAUCAUUUUGUGCUGAAGAGAAGGUUAUGAAAUUGUAUGAAAGCAAGUGCGAAGGCCCGGAGAGGGCAGGGAUUAGGCAAGGGGUGAUCAGUGGACUAGCUUUCGGGGUUUCAUUUUUCUUGUUAUUUUGUGUCUAUGCGGCUAGUUUCUACAUUGGUGGAAGACUAGUUGAGGAUGGUCAAACAACAUUCCCAAAGGUUUUUCGUGUAUUCUUCGCUCUGAUUUUUACUGGAGUUGGUGUGGCUUCAUCAAGCUCAAUGUCAUCAGAUACCACUAAAGCCAAGUCUUCAGCUGCAUCAGUAUUUGCAAUUCUUGACCAAAUCCCAAAAAUAAACUCGAGCAACGACUCUGGAAUGAUACUAGAAGAUGUAGAGGGUCGAAUUGAGUUUAAACAUGUCAGUUUUAAGUACCCGAUAAGGCCCGAUGUCCAAAUAUUCCGUGAUAUUUGCUUGUCCAUCCAUGCAGGAAAGACAGUAGCUCUGGUUGGAGAGAGUGGAAGCGGUAAAUCAACUGUGAUAUCAUUGUUGCAACGAUUUUAUGAUCCUGAUUCUGGUCAGAUUACAGUAGAUGGAGUCGAAAUUCAAAAGUUUCAGGUGAGAUGGUUGAGGCAACAAAUGGGUUUGGUAAGUCAAGAACCCGUUUUAUUCAAUGAUACAAUUCGUGCCAACAUUGCAUAUGGUAAGGAAGGUAAUGCAAAAGAGACGGAAAUAUUAGCAGCAGCGGAGCAAGCGAAUGCUCAUAAGUUCAUUAGUGGGAUACAACAGGGGUAUGAUACAAUAGUAGGAGAGCGAGGAGUUCAAUUAUCAGGUGGGCAAAAGCAAAGAGUAGCAAUAGCACGAGCUAUAGUGAAGCGGCCAAAGGUAUUACUAUUAGAUGAGGCAACAAGUGCACUUGAUGCAGAAUCGGAACGCAUAGUUCAAGAUGCUUUAGACCGAGUCAUGGUCAACCGCACCACAAUUGUGGUGGCUCACAGGUUAACGACGAUUAGAAAUGCUGAUGCAAUAGCAGUUGUCAAAAAUGGAGUUAUAGCUGAGAAAGGAAAUCAUGAUACUUUGAUGAAUAUCAAGAAUGGAGCAUAUGCAUCUCUUGUAGCACUGCAUAUGAGUGCUUCAUAGUGGUAUUUUCAAAAUACCUUCUAUAUCCUUUUAUUUCUUAUCUUAACCAUUCUUUUAUUCU